AUGUUAUGGAAAUUAGAUGCGCUCCAGUCGUUCAUUCGUGACCUACGAUGGCCUGAGGAAGUAUUUGCAGAACACCUGGACAAUAGACUGAAGAUCAUGGCUGCUGAUAUGAUUGAAGCUGCAGCCAAACGGACCUUAAAGGCAUUUGAAACAUGGCUGAAAAAAGGAAGCAAAGGCACAGAUUAUAUCAUCCAUUCUGAAGUUUGUGUCAUGGUUAAUGUCAUAACUGAUUGUAAGAACAAGGCAUUACAUCUGUGUGCCUUGGACAGUGGUGAAAAUAUUCUUCUGUCAGUCUUGGAAUCAGUAUUAAGCAAACUGGCACGUUAUGAUGAAGGCACGUUCUUUUCAUCAAUCUUGUCACUGACUAAACCUGUAAAUGAAAUUGGAAAAGCUUAUGUUGACUUCAUGCGAGGAAAUUUAGAACAACUACGACAGAGACUUGCUGAUGAAUUGUUAACACUUAACAUAUUUGAGCAAUGGUACACCGGGCAAACAAAACUGAUAUGUGAUUGGUUGACUGAGAGGUUAGACUUAAGUCUACACCCUUACCAACUUACAUGUAUUAUGACCAUUAAUAAGUACUGUCUUCUUUUUUUUUUUUCUCUCUCUCUUUUCCAAUUGUUGGGCGGAAUCUUCCCCUCUUCCCACUUAACCUUGUUGAUCAGCAACAGCUGUUAUUCUCUGGUUAUUUGUAUUCUUUCCUCUUAUCUCUUUUUUUUUUCUUGCUCUUUCUCUCCUCUCUUCUUUUCUUCCCUUAUCUCUUUUUCUUCUCCUCUUUCUCUCUUCCUUCUAUUUCCUUUCCUAUCUCUUUUUUUCUUCUCCUCUUUCUCUCUUCCUUCUAUUUCCUUUCCUAUCUCUUUUUUUCUUCUCCUCUUUCUCUCUUCCUUCUAUUUCCUUUCCUAUCUCUUUUUCUUCCCUCUUCCUCUUUUCCUAUCUCUUCUUUUUCUUCACCCUUCCUCCUCUCUCUUUUCCUACUUCCACUUUUUCUUCACUCUUCCUCCUGAUUCUUUUCCUACCUCCUCUCUUUCUUCACUCUUCCUCUUCUCUUCCUUCACUUUCCUCUUCUCUUCCUUAAUUCUUCUUUCUUCCCCAUUCUCCUUUUUAUCUUCCUCUGUCCAUUUUUCCUUCUUCCCCGGCUCUCUUUUCUUCCUCCUCCUAUCACUCUUUUCUCUCUUCCCAUGUAUCCUUUCUUCCUUCACUUUCCUUUCUCCCCACUCAACUUUCUUUCUCUGUUCUCCUUUCUCUCUCUCUCUCUCUCUACUCUCCUUUUGUCUUCUAUUUGUUGUCUUUUUCUCAACUUUUCUAUUUUCUUCUUUCUACUAG